GGAAAAAUGGUUUUCACUUUGAGCAACAGAGUGCUAUGCUUCAUCAUCAUCACUUUUACAUGUUUUUUGCAACUUGCAAAGCCUUCAAACUUGAGGGAAGACACGCUGCUCCAAGGCCAUCCCCUUGCAGCAACCGACCGUUUGAUUUCGCCUUCAUCUUUAUAUACACUGCGUUUCUUUCAGCUUGAUGAUGGGUCUGAAGCUAGCACCAAAUUCUACCUUGGCAUAUCAGCCAAUAAGUACUAUUACUAUGUUUGGCUUGCCAACAGGGACAAUCCAAUCCACGAUGAUCCCGGAGUUCUCACCAUUGAUGAAUAUGGCAACCUCAAAAUUGUGUCAAGUACUACCACUAUGAUGCUAUAUUCAGUUGAAGCAGAAAGUAACAAAAGUGUUAGAGCCUCUUUGCUAGAUACAGGAAACUUUGUGCUUCAUGAAUUGAACUUAGAUGGAUCUGUGAAAAGGGUGUUAUGGCAGAGCUUUGAUUACCCCACAGACACUAUUUUACCGGGGAUGAAGCUUGGUUAUGACAAGCACAGUGGCCACAAGUGGUCUCUAACAGCAAGGAGAAGUUACAAAACUCUUUGGUCAGGGUCUUUCUCUCUCAGCCUUGACCCCAAAAUCAACCAAUUGAUUACUAGAUGGAGAGGGGACAUUAUUUGGGCCAGUGGAGAGUGGAGAAAUGGAAGUUUUAGCAACCUGAUAUCUUCAUCACUUGACAGAGAGAAGUUCAACUUCACUUUCUUUUCAAACGAAAGUGUGACUUACUUUGAAUAUUCUCCAGUUUCUGGUUAUCUGAUCAUGGGACCAUUGGGUAUAAUCAAUGCUACUGGUGUCUCUUACUCCUGUGUUGGCAGUGAGAUUGUGCCUGGUUGUACAAUGCCGCAGCCUCCCAAAUGUAGGGAAGAUGGUGAUUUGUACUUGCCAAGUUGGAAUAGUUUUGGAGCAAUGUCAAGAAAAGGAUACAUAUUUGAUGAAAGAGAGAACAUGACCAUUUCUGAUUGCUGGAUGAGGUGUUUGAAAAAUUGCUCCUGUGAGGCUUACACUUACGCAUUCAAGGAUGCAACUGGCUGUGAAAUAUGGAGCAGAUACACAUCACACUUUGUUGAGUCUAACUCCGGUGUUGGCCGUCCAAUUUUCUUCUUUCUCAGCGAAACCAAAGCCAAAGGCAAGAAGAGGAGAAUAUGGAUUGCUAGUGCUGCGGUUGGAGUUCUUCUCCUCAUACUCUCAUUCAUUGCAUCCUUUAUCAUGUUUGGGAGAAAACAAAAACAAAGAGUUGAAAAUCGUAAGAAGCGAACAAAUGUAUUCUCUGACAUUGGAGAAAAUACUGAAAUUUCUAAUGCAUGCGAUGAAGGAAGAGAAGAAUGGAAUGAGAAGAGGACAGGCAGUGAUACACAUAAAUUCGACUUUAUAACCAUUCUUCAGGCAACGGACAAUUUCUCUUUGGCUAAUAAGAUUGGAGAGGGUGGUUUUGGACCUGUUUACAAGGGGAAAUUGGCAAAUGGUGAAGAAAUAGCUAUAAAGAGACUUUCAAAAAGCUCGGGACAAGGAUUGGUAGAGUUCAGAAAUGAAGCUAUGGUGAUUGUGAAACUGCAGCACACUAACCUAGUGAGGCUUUUAGGAUUUUGCAUUGACAGAGAAGAAAGAAUAUUAGUCUAUGAAUACAUGGCCAACAAAAGUUUGAAUUUAUACCUUUUCGAUGCCAACAAAAGAAGUGUGUUAGAUUGGAAGAUAAGGUACAAAAUAAUAGAAGGAAUUGCUCAGGGACUUGUGUAUUUACAUCAAUAUUCAAGAUUAAAAGUGAUACACAGAGAUUUGAAGAGUAGUAAUAUUUUGUUGGACAAUGAGUUAAAUCCAAAAAUAUCUGAUUUUGGAAUGGCUCGGAUACUUAAAUGGACAAUAUUAGAAGAGAAAACAAAUAGAGUGGUUGGAACAUAUGGUUAUAUGCCUCCAGAAUAUGCUCUGAGUGGAGUUAUCUCAACAAAAACAGACGUAUACAGCUUUGGCGUAUUACUCUUAGAGAUUGUGACUGGAAAGAAAAAUAUUAGUGAGGAUUUUUCGCUGAAUCUGAUAGGAUAUGCAUGGCAAUUAUGGAAUGAAGGAGAAGCUCUAAAGCUGAUUGACAAAAUGGUGAAUGGUUCAUGCCAUCAGAUACAAGUUAUACGAUGCAUUCAUAUAGGUUUGUUGUGCACUCAAGACAAAGCAAAGGAUAGACCAAGUAUGCUUGAGGUCAUUUCUUUUAUUUCAAAUGAAAAUUGUGAAUUACCUUCACCUAUACAACCACCACUUUAUACCAUCAAAACUCUCAAGGAGACAGACCAACAUAAAUAUUACUCCAAUAAUGACAUCACCAUGUCAAUCAUAUCUGCCAGAUAACUUAUUUACAAAUUCUCAAUGUAUACUUUCUUACUCACUCUCUUCAAUAAUGUUCUCAUUUUAAUCUAAAUGUGACAUUUAUUGGAAG